GGCCGGGGGCGCGCGGCCGCCCGGCGCCUGGAGCCCGCGGCCCUGCCGGCCGCCCAGCCCGCCAGAGCAACCCAGGCCGCCGCGCUCGUGCCUCCGCGCCCCUCCCCGGGACCCGCGGCCGCCGCGCCGCCGCUGCAGGCUAGCUAACGACCAGAAGAAAUAGAGUGGAAAAUGCAAAACAACGAAAUUAUUAAACCGGCCAAAUACUUCUCAGAGCUGGAGAAGAGCAUCUUGCUUGCUUUAGUAGAAAAGUACAAGUAUGUGUUGGAAUGUAAGAAGAGCGAUGCACGAACUAUUGCCCUCAAGCAGCGCACCUGGCAGGCACUGGCCCAUGAAUACAACUCUCAGCCCAGCGUGUCGCUGCGGGAUUUCAAACAGCUGAAGAAGUGCUGGGAGAACAUCAAGGCUCGGACCAAAAAAAUUAUGGCCCAUGAGAGGAGGGAGAAGGUGAAACGCAGCGGGAGCCCCCUGCUGAGUAACCACGUUCUGGGCAAGGAAAAGAUCAGCAACAUGCUGCCAGAACAGCUGUACUUCCUGCAGAGCCCGCCUGAGGAGGAGCCUGAGUACCACCCGGAUGCAGCUGUCCAAGAAUCCUUUCCUGUUUCAAAUAGAGAACUGUGUGACGAUGAGAAAGAGUUUGUCCAUUUUCCAGUAUGUGAGGGGACCUCACAACCAGAACCUUCGUGUUCAGCCGUCAGAGUAACAGCCAACAAAAACUACAGGAGCAAAACAUCUCAGGAAGGCGCUUUAAAAAAGAUGCACGAGGAAGAACACCACCAACAAAUGUCCAUCCUCCAGCUGCAGCUGAUCCAAAUGAACGAGGUGCAUGUGGCCAAAAUUCAGCAGAUAGAGCGGGAGUGUGAGAUGGCAGAGGAGGAGCACAGGGUCAAGAUGGAAGUCCUCAACAAAAAGAAGAUGUAUUGGGAAAGAAAACUGCAAACUUUUACCAAGGAAUGGCCUGUCUCCUCAUUUAACCGGCCCUUUCCCAAUUCACCCUAAGACUUGGGGAUGGCCCCCUUGUAGUUAAUCUGUGUUGGCAAGUUUGGGAUGUGACCAUGGCGGUCGGUAGCCUGUAACAGACCUCUGACUAGGAGAAUUCGAGUGGUAGUAGUUACUUAUUUAAGAAUACAUUCAGGUAAACAGCUGCACCCCAUGUACCCUCAAGUGGGUAAGAAGCUGUUGCAGUCUCUGACAACCACUGCUAUUUGUGCUAAAACUCCGAAUGUAAUGUCCUUAAUUAGAAUCCAUAGAAGAACCA